CAUCGCGAGCUACACUCUACCUACUCGACCAUGAACACAAAGCAGUCUACUAUUAGGCCUACGGUACUUAAGUUACGUCUUUAUCUCGUGGGCCUAUACAGAAUCGGAAACCCCAAAUCAAUAAUCAGAUCUCUAUGUAAUAAAUGAGUGAGUUGGUUAUUCUCAAUUUAUGUAACGUGCAAUAUGCUCUGUUUGAAGCUCUGAAAUAUAUAUAUGAGCGACUUCUGAGAAAAUGUCGGCAUCCCUCAUCCAGCUUGGCUUUACACCAUUUAUAUUAGCAGGUUUGACUGCAUUCCUGCUAUCAUUCAUUCUUGUUCGAUCGGGAAGGACUAAGAAAUACAGGAAUCUACCACCCCGUGGCCCUCGAGAAUGGCCGGUCCUCGGGAGCCUACCAAGUCUGGCAGGCAAAGACAUGCCACACGUUAUCCUCGCAAACAUGGCCAAGAAGUAUGGACCUAUCUUCAGUAUGCAGAUGGGAUCGUUCUAUGCGGUAGUGCUCAGUGAUUAUUCUCUCAUUAGACAGGCGUUCACGAAAUCUAAUGAUGAAUUCAGUGACAGACCGAAGAUCACGAUGAUUGAGAAUGUUGUCCAAGGAAAGGGUUUGAUCGUGUCGUACUUUGGUCAGAUGCAGACUGAGCACCGUCGCUUCUCUCUCUCAGCUCUACGAUCGCUUGGUAUGGGCAAGUUUAAAAUGGAAGAAACUAUCUCCGACGAGGCACGUCACCUAGCCCUGAGUUUUUCUUCAAGACAGGCAAAGCCCUUUGUACCUUUUCACGACAUUGUUGUAAGCGUUUCCAAUAUAAUCUGUUGGCUGAGUCUCGGUAAGCGCUUCGACUACGACGAUGAAUCUUUUCAACGAAUUCUUGCAGCUGUGUUCGAAAGCUUUGAGAUCGCCGAGUUGGCGGGACUCUUCAAUUUCAUUCCUUUCUUGAGGUUUUUACCCAGAAGUGGUUAUAGGCGAAUGCUGGCACUCAAAGGCACCCACGAUAACUUCAUGAAACCAAUGGUACUGAAAGUGAGUGAGGAACAGAAGAAGAGUAGAAGAUCUCCUUCGUGUUUUGUGGAGAUGUACGCUGAGCAGAUGAUGGAGGCAGAGCGUGAGUCUCCUGGUAAACACACAUUUACUGAAGACAACAUGUAUCGUGCAGUUGCUGAUCUUUUUGCUGCCGGUACAGAGACAACCGCCACAACCUUAAAGUGGGCCUUAAUGUACAUGGUAUUACACCGAGAUGUUCAGGAAAAGAUCCACAAGGAACUUGAUGAUGUUGUCGGACGAAAUCGGUUACCACGUCUUACAGAUAGACCAAACUUGCCUUACACGGAAGCUACUUUGCUUGAGAUACAAAGAUUCGCUUCCAUCACACCUCUGGGAGUUCCUCACGCGCCUGUCAAAGAUGUUGUCCUUAAUGGCUAUGACAUCCCUAAAGGAACUGUCAUCAUACCUAACCUAUGGGCCAUUCACCAUGACCCAGACCUAUGGAAGAAUCCUGAUGAGUUCAAUCCAGAGAGGUUUCUUGACCCAGAAACCAAGCAGGUUGUUCAGAGGGAGGAACUUAUUCCAUUCUCUAUCGGUCGUCGUAGAUGUAUGGGUGAACAAUUAGCCAAGGUGGAACUUUUCAUCUUCUUUACUCAUCUCUUGCAUCGCUUUAAAUUCGAAACACCAGAGGGCGCCCCUCCUCUAACAAUGAAAGCGAGGAAUGGAGCUACGCUAAAUCCAGAAGAGUUUGAAAUCCGCGCUUCUCUUAUUGAUGAUAUCAUGUAGAUUGAAGAUGAAAAGUGCCAGCCAGAUGUUCAGUUCAUCAUCUCAUCAUCAUCUUUUCCAAAGGAUGUAGACAUGACGAGAUGAUUAUCUGAACAUCUGGGUGGCACUUUUAAGCUUCCAUAUUAAAUCAUUAAAAAAACAUUGAAUUACAGUUGCAACGUGAUUACGAUUUUGCACAGUAACAUAUCAAUUGAAAGGCGAUCAGGAUACAUCCGUUUUCCGAAAGGUGAUAAUAAGUGAGGCACCGAAGAAGGUAGUAAUUAUUUAAACAGCAGAGACAGUUAAAGGGAAAGUUCGCCCUGACGAUAAGUUGGUUUUCAUAAAAGCAGAAAAAUUAUACAAAAGUGAAGGUUUUAUCAAAGUCCGUCAGAGAAUAACGGAAUUAGGAUUUAAAAAAAAAAAAUAAUUUUGUGACUUCACCAACGAGCAGCUCCUCAAUGUGUCGUUUAAUAUAUUUUUAUAUAAUUGUUUUUUAUUUAUUCAUUUAUUUACUUUUUGCUUCUCAUUUGUUUUAAAGUGCCCCUGCUAUUUUUGGUAAAUACUGGAUUCACCCCUGCAAUAGCCACCCCCUUAACUGCUUAAAGCCUUUUUUACUUUGAAUAUAGAGACUUUUUGUACAAAUUUUCUUUGAAUUUCGUAACGGUUUUUACAUUUUGAAAUAUAAUGUAUAUUGGGUAAAAUGCUCCAUGAGGGUAAUUAUAUGUCCAACCAACAUUCGGUAUUUUUACUUCAUCCAGUGUGAUGAAAAUUUUGCCCAAUCUAAAGUAAUUGCUUAUAUUCUAACCUUACUAGAUAAUAUGCUUUCCGCAUUGGGUAAAAUGCUGCCCCAACUUGGUUGGGCACAUAAUUACUCUCGUGCUGGUUAAAAUUUUACCCAAUUUUGUUUACAGUGUAGCAGUAAGUCUCAUUUUCUUCAUAAAGUCUAUGCGCGUAUAGCACAGCGCAGAAUAACAAAUUACACUGAAGAAAGAGCAAGUGAAAUGACAAUAGAUGUACUUCACAUAAUUAUAUAUAUUUCAAGUAAUGUGAUUUUGCUUAACACUUCUUAAGCAAGGAAACCAAAUUGACUCCAUAGAAAGUCUACGUGUACAUAAUUAAGUAUAACAAAACAAAUUAUGGUAUGACCAAUAUCGCAUCAUACCCAAAGUUCAUAAGAGGAUUUUUUUUUUGUUAUGAAAUCUAAUUUUUCUCUUCUAAAAAACAAACCUUUCCCCUCUCUAUUGGAUAAGAUUUAAUAAUCGAUUCUUCAAAAGCGUAAAAAUUAUGCAUGUAUCUUCAUACGAAUCAUAGUUACGGUCAUUUUCUAAAUCACUUCUUAAUACAGUAUAUCUAUUUCAAACAUAGUCAAAAUGUGUCAGUAUCAUGGGUUACGUUUUCCAUUUUAAAUUGUAAAAUGUAUUUAUUUCGCAAGCAUUAUUCUACUUUCAGUUAAUUGUUCAAUGGCCUCGUAAGUUCGUAGCAUUUGAGGCUUGCGAUGGAUAACAAAUUAUAAAAGAACGACGCUGACUGGCUCCUGAUCAUUGUUUGAACAAAAUGCCCAUGUAACAAUGGUCUUGACUGGUCAAUGAGGGUGGGUAACCCUUUGUGUUACGGAGCUUAUGCUGCUACUUGAGUGAAGAGUCCAUUUUGACAUGCAGCCCUGAAUUUAUUCUUAAAAGUUAAAAAAAAUGUAUAAAUUAUUCAAUCUAUCUAACUAAACUAAAAUCUGAAGGAUAAUUAAAAUUCGUCAUGGAGAGCUAAUCUCUGAUUUUGUCUCAUCCC